UAUGAAGAGUGGUGAUUCUUCUCGCCACUGGAUCUGAAGCAUCGGAGUGGGAAUCGAUCGAACAGGGCAACCAAUGCUGGAUACUGGAAAGUCACUGGUCAGCCUAAGAAAAUCAUGUCUGAUUCGGGAUUGAUUGGAAAGAAAAACUUUCUUGUAUUCUAUAGAGUUCGUUGUCCAGGCAAGAAAACCAAUUGGGUAUUGCAUGAGUACCCCAAAACCCUGAAAGAACUCGAUGCCACGCAUCCCGAUCUGAGCGCCUUUGUACUCUGUCAUUUGUCUUAUAAACACGAAAAAAAGAGUAUUAAAGACCCAAACUUUAAUGAUGCUGGGCCUGCUGUUUCAUCUCCCGCCACAUCCAAAUCUCGUCUUGAAGAAUCAGAGUCUGAGCUACUUCUGGUCUCAGUAUUCCCGGCAUCAGAAGUGCAAGCUACUACGACAAACAUUGUUGUGCUCAUGCUGCAGAGAAUCAAUUGGGAGAACUUACCACUACCGAUGUGAGAAAAGAAUUGAUAAAACAGUUCUUAAUUUUUUUCUGAAAGUUUAGAAGUGCAGUCGAUUAAUUAAGUACUUAUCUUAUAUUCAUUUUUUUUUUUUCAUCAGGAUGAU